AUGUGGAGGACAGAGGUCUGGGCCUCCAAAGACCAUGUGGAGGACAGAGGUCUGGGCCUCCAAAGACCAUGUGGAGGACAGAGGUCUGGGCCUCCAAAGACCGUGUGGAGGACAGAGGUCUGGGCCUCCAAAGACCAUGUGGAGGACAGAGGUCUGGGCCUCCAAAGACCAUGUGGAGGACAGAGGUCUGGGCCUCCAAAGACCAUGUGGAGGACAGAGGUCUGGGCCUCCAAAGACCGUGUGGAGGACAGAGGUCUGGGCCUCCAAAGACCAUGUGGAGGACAGAGGUACCCCAGCUUUAACCACAGACGUCACUCUGAGCUGGAGGACGUGUCAUACCCGGUGGUGUCCAGCAGGGGGCAGUGUUGGUGCACAGAGCAGAACACACACUUGAGCUUUGAUGAGGCAGAAACACAUGAGGAGAGUGCUGCCAGCUGUGCCGUCUGGGGGGAGUAUGGAUCCUCUGACGGUCUGUUCGGAAACAUCGACAAGGACAAGAUGAAGCUUGUGAGGCUGCGGUCGGACAGAAGAGUCAAUAAGUCAGAGUCGUGUUGUUUGGAAGAGAAAGAGUCAGAGUCGUGUUGUUUGGAAGAGAAAGAGUCGUGUUGUUUGGAAGAGAAAGAGUCAGAGUCGUGUUGUUUGGAAGAGAAAGAAUCAGAGUCGUGUUGUUUGGAAGAGAAAGAGUCAGAGUUGUGUUGUUUGGAAGAGAAAGAGUCAGAGUCGUGUUGUUUGGAAGAGAAAGAGUCGUGUUCAGAGAAAGAGUCAGAGUCGUGUUGUUUGGAAGAGAAAGGGUCAGAGUUGUGUUGUUUGAAAGAGAAAGAGUCAGAGUCGUGUUGUUUGAAAGAGAAAGAGUCAGAGUCGUGUUGUUUGGAAGAGAAAGAGUCGUGUUGUUUGGAAGAGAAAGAGUCGUGUUGUUUGGAAGAGAAAGAGUCAGAGUCGUGUUGUUUGGAAGAGAAAGAGUCAGAGUCGUGUUGUUUGGAAGAGAAAGAGUCAGAGUCGUGUUGUUUGGAAGAGAAAGAGUCGUGUUGUUUGGAAGAGAAAGAGUCAGAGUCGUGUUGUUUGGAAGAGAAAGAGUCGUGUUGUUUGAAAGAGAAAGAGUCGUGUUGUUUGGAAGAGAAAGAGUCAGAGUCGUGUUUUUUGGAAGAGAAAGAGUCGUGUUGUUUGAAAGAGAAAGAGUCGUGUUGUUUGGAAGAGAAAGAGUCAGAGUCGUGUUGUUUGGAAGAGAAAGAGUCGUGUUGUUUGGAAGAGAAGGAGUCAGAGUCGUGUUGUUUGGAAGAGAAGGAGUCAGAGUCGUGUUGUUUGGAAGAGAAAGAGUCAGAGUCGUGUUGUUUGGAAGAGAAAGAGUCAGAGUCGUGUUGUUUGGAAGAGAAAGAGUCGUGUUGUUUGGAAGAGAAAGAGUCAGAGUCGUGUUGUUUGGAAGAGAAAGAGUCGUGUUGUUUGAAAGAGAAAGAGUCGUGUUGUUUGGAAGAGAAAGAGUCAGAGUCGUGUUGUUUGGAAGAGAAAGGGUCAGAGUCGUGUUGUUUGAAAGAGAAAGAGUCAGAGUCGUGUUGUUUGGAAGAGAAAGAGUCAGAGUCGUGUUGUUUGGAAGAGAAAGGGUCAGAGUUGUGUUGUUUGAAAGAGAAAGAGUCAGAGUCGUGUUGUUUGAAAGAGAAAGAGUCAGAGUCGUGUUGUUUGGAAGAGAAAGAGUCGUGUUGUUUGGAAGAGAAAGAGAAAGAGUCGUGUUGUUUGGAAGAGAAAGAGUCAGAGUCGUGUUGUUUGGAAGAGAAAGAGUCAGAGUCGUGUUGUUUGGAAGAGAAAGAGUCAGAGUCGUGUUGUUUGGAAGAGAAAGAGAAAGAGUCGUGUUGUUUGAAAGAGAAAGAGUUGUGUUGUUUGGAAGAGAAAGAGUCAGAGUCGUGUUGUUUGGAAGAGAAAGAGAAAGAGUCGUGUUGUUUGGAAGAGAAAGAGUCGUGUUGUUUGGAAGAGAAAGAGUCGUGUUGUUUGGAAGAGAAAGAGAAAGAGUCAGAAAGAGUCAGAGUCGUGUUGUUUGGAAGAGAAAGAGUCAGAGUCGUGUUGUUUGGAAGAGAAAGAGUCGUGUUGUUUGGAAGAGAAAGAGUCAGAGUCGUGUUGUUUGAAGAGAAAGAGUCGUGUUGUUUGGAAGAGAAAGAGUCAGAGUCGUGUUGUUUGGAAGAGAAAGAGUCGUGUUGUUUGGAAGGAAAGAGAAGAGGAGUCAGAGUCGUGUUGUUUGGAAGAAAGAGUCAGAGUCGUGUUGUUUGGAAGAGAAAGAGUCAGAGUCGUGUUGUUUGGAAGAGAAAGAGUCAGAGUCUGUGUUGUUUGGAAGAGAAAGAGUCGUGUUGUUUGGAAGAGAAAGAGUCAGAGUCGUGUUGUUUGGAAGAGAAAGAGUCAGUGUGUUGUUUGAAAGAGAAAGAGUCGUGUUGUUUGGAAGAGAAAGAGUCAGAGUCGUGUUGUUUGGAAGAGAAAGAGUCGUGUUGUUUGGAAGAGAAAGAGUCAGAGUCGUGUUGUUUGGAAGAGAAAGAAGGAAAUGCAGCAGCAGUGAUGGUCCGUGGUCGUGCGGAGAAGAGAGACUGGGUUGUCAGCCCCAGAGCAGGUCUGUCCUGUAGACAGGUGUGUGGCUGGUGUACUGCAGAAGUCGCCGGCUCCUACAGCCAGAGCCCCGUUUGCCAUCGGGUCAUGACCCCAGGGGGGUUGGGGUACACCCCAAUGCCCAUAGUGCACCACGUGGAGGUGGGGUUGCUUUUACCCAUAAUGCACUUAACGUAUAUAACAGCGAGGACCACCACCGGAGUCCAGCCUCGCCUCCAAUUAGGUCACUCAGAGCGUGGCGAAGGCGGCUUUGGAUACGGACCGCCUGAGCCCGACACGGUCCGGCUCCGAGAGACUCAGGGGCCACAAUCUCACCACGAAUCCUCGUCUUAA